AAAAUUAAUUUUAUUAAAUUUGUUGAAAAAAAUUUUAAAAUUUUUGUUUUACAAAACUGCAGUGGAAUGCUAGGAAGAAUUUACGGAAUUUGAAAACAAUAGAUUUGUGGCGAAUGUGAUGCGAAAGUGUACGUGUACGAUAAAACAUAAAGAAUUACCCUCCGAUAGUAACAAAAAUUAAACGAAAUUAAGUGCUGAUCUAUUAUUAUUGAUUCUUUUCAAUUUUUAUAUAAAAGUUUUAAAUAUAAAAGAAUACAAAUUUUUAGAGAAACUUAAUACGUAACAAAUUAUUGACAGUGGCGUCCAACGAGGGUACAAAUAACGCCACAGGCAGUGGCAGUGGUGAACCCGCAGCCCUGUUCUCCAAACUACGUAGCUUUUCCAUCGGUAGUGGGCCGAAUUCGCCACAACGUGUAGUCUCGAAUUUACGCGGUUUUCUUACACACCGUCUCAGUAAUAUCACACCAAGUGAUACAGGUUGGAAAGAUUCUAUACUUUCCAUACCCAAGAAAUGGCUUUCCACUGCAGAAUCUGUUGACGAGUAUGGAUUUCCUGACACACUACCGAAGGUACCAGUCCCACCGUUAGAACAAACCAUGGCUGAUUACGUGCGUGCCUUGGAACCUAUUACCACACCAUCACAAUUGGAACGUACGAAAGGAAUUAUUAGGCAAUUCAGUUCAGCAAAUGGUUUGGGGCCAAAACUACAUCAAUAUCUGCUUGACAAACGUGAAGCGGAAGACAAUUGG